AUGCAAGGCAUGGACAUGAGCUCGAGCAGCAACAGCACUGCUGAAUGCCAAAUUUCGAUGCUCUUCAACUGGCAUACUAUCGAUGCCUGUUUUCUCUCGUCCGGGUGGCACAUCAAGAAUAAUGGCAUGUUUGCCGCAACGUGUAUUGGAGUCAUUUUACUCGUGAUCCUGGUCGAGGGGUUCCGACGACUGGGCAAGGAAUAUGAUCUCUUCCUGGCCCGCCAAUUCCAGCGCCAAGCCGCCGCGCGGAGCACCACCGCUGCCAAGAACCGCGAUCGGGCGGGUGAGCGAGAAGCUCUGUGCCAGACGGUUCUCUUCAGAGUAACGCCCUUGCAACAAUUGGUUCGAGCAGUGAUUCAUGCAGUUACAUUUGGGGGUGCAUAUAUCAUCAUGUUGUUGGCAAUGUAUUUCAAUGUGUAUGUCAUCAUCUGCAUUUUCAUUGGUGCUGGAUUAGGGAAGUUUCUGUGUGACUGGAUGGUAGUUCGAGUCGACUUAGAAACCGUUCAGGGAGACUUGAAAGGAGUAGAAGAGACUACUAUCUGCUGCGGUUAA